AUGCCUGCGAGGGGCGAAGACCUUGGGCCACUUCUCGAUCGGGACGCUGACGCGCGGAACUCGGUCACGCCUCCGCAGCUCGGAUUGCUGUUGUGGUGGAUCGUCGACGACAACAGCAAGCAGUACAUGAUCGAUGAGGUGUGUGUGGUACUGGGGAUGGAUUUCUGCCUUUGGCGGCGAGGUUGACAGACAUCCCCUUCUAUUCUCGGUGUCUGCGCCGCUGUCUAACAGGCGACCGUCGGUGGGUUUGCUUCAAUUGCGCUUGCCGAGGACCUGGACCUCCGCUGACCUCUUACGUUGACUUUUGCUUUGCGAUGGACCAGUUUUCAUCUCCGACGUUGGAGCUGCACACAAGGGACUUUUCAUUCCCGGCACCGCUCUCACAUUCGUCUUUUUCUCGGCGACCCUCUUGACUGAACGAUGGUUCCGACACAUUCGCCGCAUCCCCGGUGCGCUGAAGAAGAAGGAGACGGUGUACGACAUCGUGUGCUGCGUGUUUGGUAUCUUGGGUGGACUCGCUCUUAUGCUGCUCUCGUGAGUUUCGGCGAAGCUGCAUUCCGGCCUCAAGGAUCAGAGCGACAGGAAGCUGACCAAUCUGUUGAGCUUGGCAGGAUUUUCGACGCCUUCAACCACUCGACGGCUCACUGGACGCUGACGCUCGUGUUUGUCGUCUGCAUCGCGCUCUCGGCCAUCUUCCAGACGCUUGAAGUCAUGUCCCUCGAGCGUGACCACGUCGACCGAAACCACCUUCGCCGCAACGCCAUCAUCAAGCUCGUCAUCGUCAGCGUCGCCGUCGCUGGCGCGAUCGGCUUUGGUGUCACCUACGGCAUCUGCGCCGGCGCAAACAACGACGUCGCACCCACGUCGCGCUGCAACGUCGUUCAGUCGGCCGCGGCCUCGCUCGAGUGGUUCAUUGCGUUCCUCUUCUUCCUCUACAUUUGCACCUUCAUUCUCGAUCUCCUGCCCGCUCGCAAGACGUGAGUUUCUCUCACGGGCUGAAUCGCUCUUUUGCUGUCUCGGAACACUAAUCGGCGCCCUAUUCAUCGCUGCCACAGUGAGGGCCACAAGUUCCACCCUGGAUUGAUCGAGGCGGACAAGUCCAAUGUGCUGCACGAGCACAAGGACGGCCGACCCGGAGCUCCUGGAGGUCUUGACUCACCCGUCCGACGUGCGUCCGAAGAUGAUCACUCGCUCGGCCCUCGCGUCGGCCGGACCUCGGGAGAUCAGGGACUCCAGCAGGUUUGA